CAGACGGAAACUAAACAGUUCAACUUUCGGUUACACUCCCCUUUUAGCUUCCUAUGGACGUCACUCCCGCCGUUUACAACAAGCCGCACAUUUGAGUCUCUUUUGAUAUACCUGGUUUGUAUUAUAAAUUGCCUAAGCAAGCUGCAUGUUAGUUCAGUGUCUUUUCCUCCCAUAGAGGGAUACAAGAGUACAACUUCUACAGCGGUAUCGAGGAGUGAGAGCCAGCCCUUCUCGCGCUUCAGUAAAUACGUUAGAUUAAUAGACCCUUGGAGUAAUUCUUUGAAAGGUAAGGAUUUUACCUUCGAUUUUAAUCACUAAACUAUGAAUCGUACAAGAAGGAGACGAGAUAUCAUCUAGCUUCAUCGGGGGCACCCAACGUCAAUUUUCGGAAAAUAUCUGUUCGGAAGACGAUUUGAGAUCUAGAAUUUUCGGAACAUUUUUUGGUAAAAUUCUUGAAAUUCUUGCUUGUUUACUUCUCCUAGGAUUUUCGAACGUCUAAAAAAUAGUAUAAUUGCCCAUUUUUAACGGAUUUUUACUCUAAAAAGGUCACCUAGAAUUUUCGGGAGUCUUAAUUUUCGGAUCACUAGACUUUCAGCUAGGAAAUCCGAACAGAUGAAAAAUUUAUAGGGGAUAAAAAUAUGCCUAUAUCUACCGUUUAAAUACUAAAAUACGUUUAACAAGCUAUGUUUGAGUGGUUUUGAACUAUACUCUCGUUGGGUGCCCCUGCUUCAUCUGGAUAAUCUUUAACCAGUGCAAUACUAUUCAAUUCAAUACUGUCAAUUCAUAUAUAAGUUGCGAAUAGAGCGGACUUUCCUCUCUCCUAGCCGCUAGGGACGAAACGUACCUAACGGCAAAGAACAAAGAGAGACGGCCGUAUUCGAAGACUAAGUAAUUCAUUCAAGACGCUGUCCUCGCUUGAAUGAGAAUGUCAAAAGAGCAAUAAAUUUAAUUAGCUAACCAUAAACUUUUCAGGUACAUCACGCUUUUGGGUACACUUCUUCGCCAUCACUGCACGACUGCAACAGGUUAAGUCUAAGGCGGGGUAGAAUCAUUAAUUGUCUUGGAACAUAGGUAUUUGUUGAUUUUGUGGACUACCUCAGCGUAACAGUUAUAAUGCCGAGUGGUACUAAAUAGAAGGUGAUCACGUGUCAUGUGACUGUCCUAUAGCGAAGCUGAAGUUUUCUUUUUUUCAAGCUAGUUAUUAUUCUAUCGAUCUGAGGCAUUGUUAUCCUUGCUGUCAUGUUGAUGUCAUUGCCUACGCGUAUUAUUCAAUAUUUGUAAGUUGAAUGCAGUUGAUGAUAGUUCCAACCUCUCGCUCUGAUCGGGGAAUAUUUGUUAGAUCCAUCCAGACACGUGACCAUCGUGUCAUCAUCUGGGUCAUGAAACAAAACCAACGAUCGGCAGGGAACUCUGCGCUUGAUUUCCUCCUCAGGAAUCAGCACUCGAUGAACCUGUUUUAUGGAAGGAAAAAAAAUCGUUAAAACGCACUAAUAAUUCACAAAAUAAAAGAAACAGAAGCUUAGAAGUUAACUUUCAAUGAGCGUCUUCAGAUCUUUCUAAGAAUUGUCUCUGACGUCACAGGGAUGACCGAAUGGGACCAAAAAUCCAAACCCCACAAAAUCCCUAGGGCUUCCAACAAAACCCCCAAAAAUGCCAUGCCGAAUUUCUGAGCCUUAAAAAUCUCCAGAGAGGAAAACAAGUUUUGUUGAACUUUAAACACAGAACUUUGAGAUCGAGGGCACUUCCACAAAUCUUUUGAUUAUUCUAAUUGGCCAAAAAAAUCCCUACAUAAAUCUAGCCAUCCAAAAAAAUACUUGCCAAAUUUUCGUAGCCCGAAAAAUCCUGGAAUAGAAAAUUUCAAACCCAACAAAAUCCUUCGAUCUCCUUGUCCCUUGAAAUCCGGAGUAACCGCCCCCCCCCCUCCUCCCGGUUUAAAUUCUGACUAUAAUCAUAAAAGAUUUGAAGAGUUUCUCACUUCACAGCACUCUCAACAUAGUAAAAUUUACAUCUCAUUUCACACCAUAAAACCACGUGCAAACGGUAGCUAAACGUUUGACGGGUUUCAAACUUUGUAACAACCAAACGCAACAAACAAGGUGUGCAAACGGAUGCAACAUGUAGCAUCCAACAUUGGUGGGAGUUGUUGGCCAACACUGUUGCGUCCGUUUGUAUGAGGCUUAAGAGUGUCAAGUGGCUUACUCACUAUCUAUAAGAUUCAUUUUCCUUCUUACUUAGAGUAAUGAAACUACAUUUCAGUGCUUAAAUCCUAUCAUGCAAAAAAGAAAAAAAAUAUACAAUAAAAUCGAUCGUACCAGAUCAAGGCCAAUGGCUAUGACAGACAGCAUUCUUGAACCAAAGCUUGUCAUGCACUGAAACAUGGUUCGAACAGUGCUUUGAAAGUUUGGCACAUCCUCGUUCGGCCAGGUCUGUGAAGUGACAAUUGAUUACAUAUUAGAUAAAUAUUACUUUACGGCAGAUCAGAGCCAGAUAGAAAUAAUUGACAACCCCUGCCAAAUUUCAUUUCGGUAUUUUUCACUUCAUGAAGAGGUAACUUUUAACUAAAAUGACAUUUGAGGCAAAAUUGGUGGCUUCUGCCACCAUAUUCAUUUGUAAGCGUUUCAAAACCGAAGUCGUGUUAAGUUUUCCUUUUAACUCUUGUGAGUCUGUGUACAAAAUCCUAUAUGUAAUCAUUCGAAAAUCAAACCCGCCUUACUAGCAAUUUCAUAUGGUGCCAUUGUUUUAGUUCCAAAACGAAAUUCGCCGCCGUUCUGAUUAACUUCAGGAGAAAGUUCCGCCAGAAAAUCAAGCCACACAACUAUCGAUAUGUUUUCUGCAAAAAGCAGAGGACCCGUUCCAGUCGAGUGUUCCUAAACGAUUUCUCACAGAGUUUCCAAGGUGCUGUUGUAAAUGUUAUUGUGAAAUAAAAUUGCAACAGCCACUUACAAAGUUUUCAUCUUCCAGAACGCUGAAGUCAAAUGAUUCUUUGAGGUCUCCAGGUCUUUUUAAAUUGGUGCUGCAAUUUGACACAAAGUUUCGGUGACGUCAUAUUAAUCAACGUCGUGCAUACUACUGAAAAACUCCCUUACAGUAAAUGCACUUUACAGUCAAACCAGGUCAAGCAUUCCCGUCGCUAACAAACUAAUGAAUUCAUUAAUGGAAAAAUGAUUUCGUUUGUUGAUUCAAAAAUCCAUUCAUAAAAUGAAUAAUCCAACGGUCAAAUUGUACCUCGAUUCAAUAAUCAAAUGUUGAUUUGGUUUAUGAACAAAAUCUACCUGUUCUUUAUUCUUGUCUGUUGUGUUCAAUCGUAUUUGCUUCCCUUUUCCUACCGUUUACGAUUGCGUUUUUCAUUGCCUUUAAUCAAAACAUCAGCUAGAAUAGACAGACCGCAAACGCAAAGAAACUGACAAAGGCCGAGGAUCGAAAUCCACCAAUCACCGCAUAUACACUGACCUCAGUUUGACCGUCGUGUUUUCUAAGGGGUCAGGCCUAGGUCUGUUGCACUGAUUAUUGGCAGCAAACUGGCGUACAUGUAACAGUUUGUUUGGGUUUGAACUUCAGAACUCGCCAGCACUCGACUCUCAGAAAAAAAAAAGGAAAAAAAAAAUUCUGAGGUCAACUUGUGGAAAGUGUAAUUUUUCAAAAAACAGUAAUCGAAUCAACAUUCGAUUAUGGAAUCGAGGCUAAAUAUGACUAUUGGAUUGUUUAUUUUGUGAAUGGAUUAUUGAAUCAACAAACGAAAUCAUUUUUCCGUGAAUGAAUUCAUUAGUUCGUUAGCGACGGGAACGCUUGACCUGGUUUGACUGUAAUUAAAAGCAAAUGUGAAAAGGUGCCCAUAAUAUUUAUUAUUUGUUCGUUCUCUCCAUUGCUCCGAGACGUUUUUUUGCAGGCACUGACCAGUUUUCCCAUCUCCUCAAAAAACCAAAACUAAAUUGCAGUCUAAUCUAGAACGCACGGAAACGUUUAUAUGAGUUCUUAAAAACGCCUAAACGAGUUUCGUGAGUAUAAUCUCUCAUCGUGCUCUUAAUUAGUAAAAUAUCUAAAAUAGAUAUUUAAUCAGCGCAAUCGAGCGUCUACAGAUGUAUGAACACCUGUCUGGUUUUGGGUUAUUAGCUAGUUCUAUUGGUCUAAGCUCGAAAGAGAAUCCACACAAUUCAGUCCUACCUCUAUAUCACUGUAUCAUUGGACAUUUUUAAAAUGCAGACACUAAGGUCUGUCCCUUUUGGAUUCCUCAUUGUAGUAAAAGGUUGAAAGAAUUUUCUUCCGUAAGUAAGUAUACCUUUCCCUUUCAAGCUCAUCCCAACCAUUCUUUGUCGUUCCAGUUUUCUUUGUAUAUUUUCUCUUUACAUCAAUGUUCAAGUUAAAAAACUUGUCAGAAGUCUCGAAAGUGGUGUCAAUCUGCAAGAUAAAAGGAUUAUUAACAAAGUAAAACAAUCAAUCAAUCUAACAAACCAACACAUCAUUCAUCAUUUAAGUGGAAUGCUUAUGAAACUCGUUAGACUCCUUUGUUAUAUGUUUUUGUUAGCUUUUUUAGACCUGACCGUGCACAACGUUCAAUAGCAUUCAUAUCAUUUUGAAGUUACUGAUCACAAAAAGAAACAUCGCAUUAAUUUAUUCAGUCACAACUUGCGAAAAAACAAAACAAAACAAAAACGGAGACUAUUUUGUGUACGGUCAGGGAGCUUCCAACAUAAACCACAGCACCGUUGUUUUCAACUUUGACGUUUGCCGGCUUUCAUAACCAGUCUCCUCUACUAUGCUUCACAGUAACUGGCAUCCGUCUUUCGAAGUCUUUCUGAAUUUUUAACUUCAUUACGUCACCACCUCUUGAGGGAACGUUUACACGGCACAGGACUGCUUGUUCCUUUAUUAUUGUCAGACACUAGAGAAAAGCUUUUGCUCUAAUCAAAUUAAUACGACGGACAAAAAAUUCAUCAUUUCGAAGACGAAUAGACCUAUUUCAUAAUGGCGGCGUAUUUACUUAUUCUUUCAUAGAUUGAUAUGUCUCCCAAGCAUUUUAUCAAACGUUUCAAACAACAAAAAUAACUUCUGAAACACUGUUAACUGAAGCUAACUGACAAGUUUGCAAAAAAGCAUAAUCAGUGCAGUCCAUAUCAAUUACUUAUCAUAGACCUUCUUCGAGUUUGAAAACCCGGUCCGCUUAUUGUAUUUACCGCUGUGUUAUUUAUACUUUCUUUUCAUGUUUUGAUCAGCUAUUCUUAUGUUUCACACGGUUUACAGUGGCGGUUUCCACUCUAAAAGGGAAUUGAAUUUGUCUAGUCAGCUCUCUCGGAGACAAUAUAACGAGAUUAAGUCUUUUGUAAAGACACUACGUAUGUCAAACAAAACAAAAUUGAAAAUGAUGACUGAAAUUUUUGUGGUACAUUAAUUCUGACGAAAAAUUGUCAAGCGAAUUUUAUUUGGUGUCUGGGGUUAAUUUAAAGUUAUAUUUAGGGUGAGACAUACUCUAUGUGUUUUACAAAAAUAAGUUGACGCUUCCUUUGCUGUUUUCAGUUCUCUCAGAAAAUUUCUGAUCGAUCUCUAACCUCUCCUGAUUUGAGAAAGUAGUUUUCACUGGAUAACAUAUUUGUUAUCUUUUCUGGAAAUUUCGCUCAGAGGGUUAAGUUAGCCGCCUGUGGUAAUUGUGCAUGUUCAUGGUAAAGUUGUUUUAAGCAUUCUUAUCCUAUUAUCUUGACUGUUCUAGUAGUUUUCACCUGAAAGUUUAAUAAAAUUAUAUGACUAUAUUUUCUCUUGACUUGAAUCGGUGGAAGACACGUCUGUCUCAUUUCGGUACAUCUCUGCGGCAACACUUCUAUUCUUACAAAAUUUUUAAUCAAGGUGAAUUUCUGAAGAUAACGAACCCUUGUUUGUGUUGCUCGGUUUGGUAGUUUUGACCUAAACAACCUUUCGUCUGUGCUUUCCAGGAAAUGGUUACCUUAACCUCUUUUUAACCCUUUUUGUUGUAGUUUCUUGAAUUUUCAACGGAAUUUAUCGCAUUACAUAGUUUUUUACCUUGAUUAGAAAUAUUGUGAUGGCAAUGAGGUGACUCUACAAGUGUUUUGAAAUAAAUAUAUUCGUUCAAAUUUCUGCUCUGGACUACGUACUGUGUUUUUAGUUUAUAUCACGCCUUCUGAAUAUUCCGGUGGCGUCCAAAUUUGAUUUAUGGAACGUUUAGCCAAUCAUAUUCGACGAGGAAGCUUAACUACUAGACAUGAUUUUUAAACUGUAAUUUUAGUACUCUUCUCACUGUUCUUGUAAGAUAUCUAUUUAGACGCCGAUUCUUUGUAAUUUUUAUGUUACUCUCCUUGAAAUUUAAGAAAGAAAAAUCCUUUUGACAAAGUCAUUAAAUCGAAGGUUCAACGCUAAAGAGUCUCUUCUAGCCAGUCACAGAAGACUUGCCUUUAGAAACAUUCAUUUCUCAUGAGUCAAACAGGUGGGUUUUCUGGUCAAUAUAGAAGGGAGUUGCCUCAGCCGACAUUGUAUUAGACUGAACUGUAAUCAGCAAACGAUGAAGUUGUGCAAUUAAUGAAGUUGUGAAAGAGACGCCUCAAUUCAUGUGUUGUAUAAAAGGAACGAGCUAGUUUCUCCGAAAAGUUUAAAGUGUCUUCGACAAAAGUGGUGGACGAAAACCGGGCUGUUUCCCGCCUUAUUUUACGUCUAGGCGUGGCCGUGGAACCUUACAGCAACCAAUUACUCCACUUCGUAGGCCAAAUAACUUGCAGUUAGUCCUACUUGGCCGUGAUCUUUAUCGCUCUCCUUCUAAUCUACCUGACCAGCCGAUUAACGUGUCGCUGGUUUUUUUUUUACUGCAAUCUGAAAGAGCAGGUCCGCGAAACGGGUGUGCCGAGGGUACUGCAGGCAAGCCCUCCGUUUCAAGCAGUAUCGUCAGUUAUUCCAGAUACAAGAACAGACAGACCAGAAUUGUCCCUGACAGGGCGUUGUCCCGAAGGUUUGACUUCCAGGAUUUUUCCAGGGCUUUGACGAAAACACCUCUACCUUGGACUUGACAGAAACCGACUGACCACCCAUGCAAGCCCAAGCAGGGGAGACAGUUCAAGGCCUAAGUCAAGAACUUGUGAGCGAACAUUAUGAUAACUCUGUUUCAGUUUUUUCAGUGCUAUAGCUAGUUCGUCUACUAUGAUAUCUCUUAUUCUAAGUAAUGCAUCAUCGCAACACGAUAGGAACAUACUCGGUGGAUGCCUCAUACUGUUCCUUCUGUCAAAUUAACGUCAAAUUAACACCCGUUCAAAUAGCCGUAAACAGAAAACCUUAGGUAAUCAGAGCUACACCGAUUUUUGUACUUGUCCACAUGGUGAGCAAACGACCACAACAAAUUUAACUAUGAGUGACCAUCAAAAGAAAUAAUUCCAACCAAUGUUCCAAGAAUUCUACCAAACUUUAACCAACGAUCUCGCUAAAUAGUCGCAUACACAAAGAUUGCAGUUAGAUUUGAUUCAGACACGCCUUGAUAAAAAAUCUAGCGCUAGAGGCAUAUAAAACCUGAUGUUCUCGACGACAAUCCUGCUGUGGACGCUUUUAGUACUCUUGUAAAGGAACGAGCUAGUUUCCCCGAAAAGUUAAAAGUUUCGUUCAACAGGUAUAAAUUCGGUCCACUCCGUACGGUUCUUACAACAGGUCAUAAGAACAGGAUAAACUUGCCGUUUCUUGUGGGAUUCCAUGGUUUGUAAUAUAGACGAAUCCAAUUGUGCUGAAAGCUUGUAUACUUGUUUAGCAAGGUCUUUAACAGCUUGGCUGCUUUGAUCUGGAUCUUUGACGUCUAGACUCAUUGCGCUGAAGUCUACAACUGGAAUUGGACAUGACAGAUUGGGCGCUAUGUUAAACUCUUCACAGGGUUGACAAAAGCAGAACCUUUAAAUUAGUAAAAUAAAUAAAUAAGACAAUAAUAAUUAUAAUAAUAAUAAAUUAAUAUUUAGGUUUGCCGUGAGAACUGAAGUCACUUUCAUGGCACAGUUUACGAGAGCAUACGUGUGCAGAACUUCUGCUUAAGACAGUGUUAAGACGUCCGUCAUAGAACAUGUACUUUUAAUACAGUUUGUAUUUGCUUCUUUAUAAUUUAUCUUUUGCCUUUAAAGAGUGUUGACGUCAACUGAAGCAAACUGAAUUUGCCGGAAAUUAAGGUAUAGGUUGUGACUUUCAAAUUAGGGCGAUAUUGCAAAGAUUUCCGUGACACACUAAGCUUUCUUUCUUAUGCUCUGACAUGACCCGCCCAUACCUGAGUUGGAUCGAGGCAAAAAUCUCAAGUGAGGCUGGCUUUGGGCACAGGCUCGUCACGUACGCGACCUGAAUUAGUCUGCGGCGAAGUCAUGAUAAUGCAGAAAUAUCAGAGUGUCAUAAAUGGUUGCAAACUGAACAGACGUUUCGGGUGUAUAACCCUUCGUCAGUGAAAACCGUUAAACUUGACCUAUGAUUCAAGAUAUCAAUAGAUACAUGAGACUAAGGUGGUUACGAACUUCACAUUAUAUGUGACGAAUCGUCAAAAAUUAUGUAAUAGUUACUCGUUAAUGUACCUGCAUCGAGGAUGAUAUAUCACGAAACAAUAAUCUAAACACCGACAUGGAAAGGUUUCCAUGUGUACAGCUCUGUAGUCCGUCUACUCAUUAGAUUUGGUCCUUGUCCUGGCUAAAUUGCAAAUACUAAAACAAAAUACAAAACUAAGAUUUUAAAGUAAGUUUACAUGCAUGCAGUCCUAUAAAGGAUACAAAACUAGUGAAAAAUAGACAAACAGUAAACCUAUGGGAAUCCUGCGCUAAUUCAAUUCAGGCUUAAAAAGUAAAGUUUUAAAUUCUUUUUAAAGUUAGGUGUGGUAAGGUUGUUACGCACAGUCAAGGUGAUAUCAUUCUUUCUGGCCGGUUAAAGUGGCAUUUUGUUGAGUUUUGCAAUCGUAGGUGCUAUCCACAAAAGAAGAAUUAAAGGCUGGCUACAAAACAAAGGGACCAUCUCCACGCGCCUUCACGCGAAGCGCUAUAUAUAAAUUCGAGAAUAAUCGACGAAUCCGCUCCAAAUUGCCAUCGGCUAAUCUGCAGGUAACGUGUGCUCCGGCUUCUUGCUCGCUGGCUCCACAAAACCCAUCGUAACUGCACAAUAAUCGCUCGCUCAUCAACAAACACAGUUGACCUUUACGCUUCGAUAUGACCGCAAACUGCCAGGACUGGCAGUUUGCGGUCAGAUCGAAGCGCAAAGGUCAACAGUGUUUGUUUUGUAACCUACGCUUGCAAAACUCAACAAAAUGCCACUUUAACCGGCCAGGAAGAAGAAGGAGACGUUCAGUUAAAGGUGUCUUAGCUUUGUUUUGUUAUAUUUUGACUUUUGGACUAUUUUAGUCACACCAUGGGAGUUUCGACGACUUAUCCCAUUUUGUCUAUGUCAAUAUUAACGAAAUUGUCUCAAAGUACCUGAUGCUUCUUCAUCAUGACAGGAACGUGAAAAAUCAUGAUGUGCAUUUAGGGUGUAAUGAUAAUUGCUUGAAUGUACCCAGGUCCACUCCCAGACAUUGCAACCAUGUCUUUGCGCCAACUUAUCGGCCUGCAACACCAAAGUGGUUCUUAGCUCAGUGAAGAUUUACAAGGAAAAACUCCAGGGUGUAAUAUUAUUUCACUUUUUGCCUGAUUCAGAAGAAGAUAAAAACCAAUCUUACUUUAAAAUGAUUUUAUUUGAUCAUCAGUGAUUCUUUCCUUGUUCAAAAUCUCCAUAAGCUCUCUGCAGUUCGACAGAGAAGACAAGAAGAGAGAAGGGAUUGUUUCAUGCUCAUUAUAUUUACAAAUUUUGUAAAACUACCCUAAAACAGACACUUAUAGGUUAUCCCUGGUACUCUUCAGUCAGUGGUGUUUGCCUUAUAGGGAGUUAAAUGUACAACUUUACAACUGACAUUACUACUUACAAUCCAUAGUUGCCUUGUCUUGUUAACCUUUGCUGGUAGCAAAAUCUUUUCAAAAUGAUCUGGCAGCUUUCGUAGUAGAAUCUUCUUCUCUUCCCCUAGCAAGGAAGUCCAUUCCCACUUGUUAUUUGUCUUGUACACCCUAAGGCUGACACCUAGAGAGUGUACAACUACUAGGAAGGCAUCCAGGUGCCUCCUGUGACUUUUUAUUUCCUGGUCUGCUCUGAUUAUCAUCCUCCAAAAAAUAAAAGAAAAUAGGUUGUGAUUUAACUUAGUCUCUGUUAGAGUAAUAUUUUUUACUUACUGAAUCCCAUUUUAGAAUGUCAAGGAUAA